UCGGCUCGACUGACCAAAUGGUUUGAGCCUUGGUUAAAAUGGUUUGAGUCUUGGCUAAGAAUGGAAAAUAUGAAUAAAACAACGAGAUAUAUAAUAUUGAUAUUAGAAAUAUACUUCUGAAAUUUGAUAUCUGAAGGGAAUUGAUACAAAAAACUUAUGUAUUUGACAAUUUAUUGUAACGAUACUAUGAAGUCAUAUUAAAUUUGAGAAAAAUCUGGAUAAGUUGCGUGAUAACCUAUUCAUUGUGCAAUACAUAACUUGUAUAUCUGUAAGAAAUUUUAUCCAAUUCUUUUAUUUUAUCGUUCGUAAAUAUGAUUCCAAGUUGUUCGGAGCAGGGCAGAAUUUGGAAAAGUGUUAAAAUUGAUGACAAAGACUACAUGAUCUGUUUUACGGAGGAAAAAGAUUCAUGGAAGAUUCUCUUGACAGAUUUAAUAGAACUUUGGAUGGAAACUUUGACAGAUGAAACUAUGUUUCACAAAUGUGAGACUUUGAAUCCUCUUUUAAAUCCCAUUAAUAACUUCGAUUGGAAGUCACUUGUAAUGGAUAUGUUAAAUGAUAUUCCCAAGCAUAUACAAACAUACGUUGCAGAAGUUUCUGCGUACAGAAUAGAAUUGCGAAAGGACAAGGAUUUUAUAAAAUUAAAAUUCUCAUUAGAUCUUGUGAAGGGAACGCCAGAACAAUUUUGGGAGAAUGUAACUAUGCCUCUUUCCUUGUCAUCAAUGGAACUAAUUCGUCGACAUGAAAUUCUGUUGGAUUUGAUAAAGCGGAAGGAUGAAGAAAUUGCAGAAUACAAAGCAGAAGGAGCAGAAUUGAUUAGGAAGUAUAUUGCUACAAAGCCAUUCAGUGAGGAAUUGUUUCACAUCAAUACUGCUACACCAGUUGGAAUUGAUUUUGUAAAAGCUUUCCAAUCUGUGAUCUGUUUUUACAAUGCAAUAAACUUACCAAAGUUACACAUAAAGACAGAAUCUGAAAUAUCUUCAAACAAUGCAAGUGAUAAUAAUGUUCUAAAUAAUGAAAACGUUUAUUCUAAUUUAUCUAAAAACGAAUUUGUACAAAACCUAAAGUCAGAUGAAUUGGAUGAGGAUGAGCAAGUAUAUACAAAGGUUGAGGAAUGUGAAGCAGGUUCUUCUAACAGCAAAGCUCCAAUUCUGAAAAUAAGCAGCAUAUCUCACACGAUACAGAGAUUUCGAAAGAAUAAGAAAACUUUCAACGAUUUUAUAUUAUAGUAAAAUAUUAAGAUGCAAGAUGCAAGUAUUUGUAUUUAU